UUUUCCUCCAAUACGGCUAAACAGUCAACAGAAUACAUUGAAAGAUGCCGGACUGGGAUUUAUUGGGCAACUACAAGAUCAAUUUUCUAUAACUCGUACUUUUAAUCGUCCACCAUCUGUAACAGGACUCGCUUAGCCACUGUGAUGAUGGAAUCCCAACAACUCUCCCUGCUGUCCUCCUUGAAGGGAGAGUUGAAGGCUGAGGAUUACAUUCAUCCCCACUAUAAGGAGGCCUAUCGCCUUGCUAUUGAUUCCCUGGUGAAUGGUGGCAGAGAGAGCUACCAGGAGUUCCUCAAGGCCGAGCGGAUAGGGAGCUUCCUCUCAGAAGAUGAACUCCACUUCAUCAUUACAAACACCUCACAGCCAUUGCAUAGCAACCACACAGAGGAAAUCAAUGGCCCAGCUCCGGACACUCCGGUCAGCAAGUCCUCAACUGGGACGUACUGGCCUGUGCACUCAGACAUAGCAACACCCGAUCUGGAGUUAGGAUGGCCGGAGGUCAUGCAUGAUAGACUGCAAACUAAUAUAGAUCUGAUCUUCCAUCCACCCAGACUAAACAGCCCCACCAUCAAAGAGGUGAUCCGUAAACAGAUUCAGGAUGCCAGACAGGUUAUUGCAAUUGUAAUGGACAUUUUUACAGAUGUGGAUAUAUUCAAAGAAGCGGUUGAUGCCUCCAUCAGAGGAAUUCCAGUUUAUGUGCUUCUGGAUGAAUUUCAUCUGCAAAGCUUUCUCUCAAUGGCUGAGAAUCAAGACAUCCAAAUCCAAAAACUUAGGAACAUGAGAGUACGCACAGUGAAGGGUCCGGAUUACGUCUGUCGUUCAGGAGCUACAUUUCAUGGAGCAAUGGAGCAGAAGUUUCUAUUGGUGGACUGCCAAACAGUGGUGUACGGAUCAUACAGCUUCAUGUGGUCCUAUGAGAAAAUCAACCUGAGUAUGGUGCAGGUCAUAACAGGCCAACUGGUGGAGUCCUAUGACGAGGAGUUUCGAACGCUCUUCGCCCGCUCCUCCGUGCCAGCAGUUCUCGCCCCUCCCGAGGGUGUGUUACUAGAAAGGAAUGGAAGACAUGCUCUGGCAAAGUAUGCUUCUCAAUCCAGCCAAGCCUUUGAGAGGAAGGACCAGUUGAGACAUACCCUCGACACAGUGUACAGGAAAGCCUGUGAGAGACAGACGGGCAUGACGAGUCCUAUCGGAGAGAUGGAGGAGAGAUUUUAUGAGGAGGAGCCAUUUGAACACAGACCCAUGAUCAAUCAUGGUGUGAGUGUUCAAAACCCCAUCCAUCAGUUCCAGUCUGCAGAGACUGUGAACUUCCUGAAAAGGCACAGUUAUGCUGGGGAGAGACAAGAAGUCUUGUAUGUUCCACACAACACAAGGUAUGGGGCAAGCAACUGGAAUGUGGCUGGAGAUGGAGGUUAUCACUGCGCCCCUGGAAGAAGCCACUUUUCCAAUGCCAUGGAGGACCAUUCUCAGGGGGCACAGAUGUACAGAGGUCACAAUAUUCGGCAGUCCUACCAUGGGAAUGACAAACAAGUCCGCUCCAUGCAGCAGAACAUGCCAACUUUGGAGCACACGGCUAAGUCCUUCUUGCGCACAUAUAGGAUAGAGUCUUACCUCAAUAACACUGACACUCCUAUUGGGGAAUCCUGUGAUUAUCUGGACCAGUAUGAAGCUCAGGAAAACAAAGCUAGCUCAUUCAUUCCCUCCAGAGUUAGGUCAUCUCUUGUUUUCAAGUCCAUUAUUCAAGAGCAACCGGAGACAAACAGUUACUCAAACAAUGCUUCCAUAUGUCAGGUCGAUCCCUCUGCAAGGCCAAACAAUAAACCGUAUUACUCAUCAAUGCAAUGGAAUCAAGCAACAUCAAUGGAAAACAGAAUGAGACAGGAUGAGUUUAUAAUGAAGAAGCAAAGUCUGCAGAUUUUGGAUGAUCCUAGGAAUAACAUUGGCUAUGGCCCAGGAAGAGACCCACAUCAGUCUGUCUAUGCCAGCCUGGGCAGAGCCAAAGGGGGACUGGUAAUCAAAACCCCUGAGCUCCUCCAAGACAACUGGCACAAAAGGCACAGUGUGGCAGACCCAAAGUCCAACAUAGACUACAGAAACAAUAAAGAGUCCUCCAGUCACAUGUAUGGUGGGGCCUUUGUGAGGAAACAGGCAGAUGGUGGUGGAAUAAGAGUGGGUGUACAGAAUGGAGGAUAUUCUUCAAAUCUGAACAAGGAUCAGAUAUCUGUCUCUCAUUAUGACGUCAAAAACACUGUGGACAUAAAGAGCCAUCCUGUUUCCAUUUGGAAAGACCCUCCCUCCAGAACUGUGUCUGCAGCAGCCCUUGAUAUGAACAGCAAAGAGCCCACUUACAAGUCCACCAGUACAGCAAUGAGCUCACCUCGUUUCCUCAAGAAGAGCUCCAAGAAAAUCAGAUCAUUGCUCAACAUACCAGAGAAAAAAGAGGGUUCCCCUCUAACCAAGGAAAAACGAAUUCCAAAAAGGGGUGGUAGCUCAGACACCAUAGUGGCUGAGGAAGAGGAACAAAGACCAAACAGAGAGACAAAGGUUGCACCGCAGAUUGGCACCGCAAAUCCAACCAGAUCCCCUACCAGGCUAAAGAUGGACAAGAACCACUUUGCUGAUGAUAUAGGAAAAUCAUCAGCCCCUCGUUUUAGCACUGACGAGCUGCAGCAAAACCCUCCUGUCAGAGCUACAUCCAUUAGGACACAGGGGCAGCGUACUGCCAUUGAUGAAAGGCAUGAAAGGACAAGCCUUGCAUCAGGAACCUGGCGUAACGAUCGGGGCGGCAGUAGUCGUUUGUAUAGCAGAUUUGAGCCUUUCUGCUCAUUUGAGAAGAAGCAACCCCACUCCUCUCAAUCUGCAACAGGCCCUGCACCAAUACACGCCCCUGAGAGGACCAAGAGCAUGCACUCUGCUAAAAGUAGCUCCACCAAUGAACAACACAACCACACUGGCCAGCAGACAACUAGCCACCAUGAAAACAAACUGGGCAAAUUCAUACAAAGAGUGGGGAAUUUCAUUCACAAAAAUAAGUAGUAGAAAAUAAUGUUAGCAUAGUGAACCAAUCCAACAUGGAUUACUGGUCAAAUUUACAAUUAUUUUCAAGGGGCCAAUCAAAUGGUAGGCAGAGUAGAAACAGUGUGCUGCACCAUUUAACUUGAAAACUGUUUACAUGAAGAUCUGACAUCCAUUCAUGACUAUUUAGGGCAAUGGCAAACUGAUCAUUACUUCAAUUAAAUAUUGAUGAUAUGAUUAUUGGUAACACUUUCUACGAGGCACAAACAUAUGGGGGGGGGGUCAAUGAGCAGGGUCAAGGUGAAAUCAAGUCAGGGGUCCACAGCUGAAGUAAGAACAACAGAACUGGGUCAGCAGCACGGCCAGGUGAACAGGGGACAGCCAGGUAUCGUCAGGCCAGGUUGUCCUGAGGCACGGUCCUAGGGCUCCGAUCCUGCGGUAGGCGAGACAUAGCGAGAGAAAUAGAGGGCAAUAAGUGGUCAGAUGCAGGGAAUCCGAGUGGGGAGCCGGCCAUGCAGAGACGCCAAGGGGGGCCACUGCCAGACUACGCUCAAUCAGACGCUUAAUCAUAGGACUAACUGAAGAGAUAACCCACUGGGCACAGACGUCAGUUCAAUGUCUAGUUUUAAUUUACAUUUGGUU